UGGGAGCUAAUCAAUUUGCUAGAGGAUUACGUGACAGGAAAUUCGUACUGCCCUCCCUAUUUUCAAGGCUAGAAAAGCAAAACGAAUACGUCGGUUUUUCUAAUGUAUUUUUUGAAUAUUAGAGUAGAUUUUGAUUUUUCCAAAUUGGCAAAAUGCGCUCUGCGUUAUCUGAUAUCAAAGACAAUGAUUGCACGAAUAACUUAUUGACUUUCUUUACAUGUAAUACUAAAUUUAAUGGAUGAUUCCGUUAAGCCAUUAAAUCUAUAUAAACUGUGUAUUUUGAUUGAUGUUCAUCAAUCACAAAUCGAGUAAAGGAAGGACAAACAAUUUUUGGUAGCAGUUAGACAAAGGCAACUUUGGCACAUUUUGCAUAAUUGAUGAAGCCCUCUUCAUCAAAGUAAGAUGCGAAUAGUAACUUAUUUUCUUUCGUUUUACUUUUGUCCGGUUAUUGAAGGACAUCAUCUACACAGAUUGUCAAGAACUUGCAGUUUUUUGUUUUAAAUAUUAUGCAUAUGACUUUGCUGAUCCAAAAGUCACGUGACUGGCAGUCAGCUCUACCUGAGUGCUGCAACAGGUUCCAUCAAGGUCAAUCUUUGUCUAAAACUAUAUAAAUACGAGAGUACUUAAGAUCCCUGUUAACAGUGUCACUGGUGUCAAACCGUGAAACAAAACAAAAAAACUCGGGCGAAACAAUGCGUUUUUCGAUUUGUGUUAUUUUCUUGGUCAUCAGCUUGACGCUGUUAGAGGCCGUGCCAGCCCCUCAGCUAACAACCAUUAAGAGGCAACCAUGGAAACCUAAGGCUAUUCGUGAAAAGGAAGCUGCCAAAGUGGCAGAGGAGGCUGCCAGAGUGUUAGAAGAGGCUUCUAGAGCAGCGGAGCAAGCCACCAAAGUUUCGGAACAGACAACUGAAAUUGCAGAACACACCACCAGCGAUGUCGAAGAGACCACCGUAACGAUAGAACAAGUUACAGCUGUUCCAGGAGAAACUACAACGCUGGUAACAGAGACUACCACACUACCUGUUGCAGGUAAAAUCCCAGUUGAAGAUGUAACUGAAAGCCAAGCUUUGCUUACAACCGUGAACGAAGUCCAGCUUGAAACAUCUACUCUGCCUGUUCCUAUAGCGAUGCAGGACAAUUUUGUGGCAAACUUAACUCCAAACAAACGAAGAAUCGUCACGAGCAGAAAAUUAACUAAACUCAUGUCCUCCGCCAAAGGACGGACGUCUGCUUUAAAGAAGAAAGAUGGGCAGAGUGCAGACGAGGCAGCCACUUGUCGUUUAUCGUUACGUGGGGUACCUUGCCACUGUCGUUUCGAAGGAACUUGUCGUUGCAAUUGUGGUAGAGGAUCUAAUAACCAAACAGCCGGUGCAAACCGUAGUUUGUCUUUGACCAACUAAAACCCCUGUUUGAAUUUUGAGCCAUUGACGCAUCAUCGGGAGUUACACUUUCGAUUGUUUUUCCUUAUUCGUUCUGAGAUUUUAUUGAAGUUAUUGUUAUAAUGGUGGAUUUUAAUUUUUAUUGUUAGGGCAUUGUCGUCAGUUUCGUGUAAUUACAUCAACAUGCAUAAAUAGUAAGGGGAAACGUAAUAUUGUAGUUCACGUAUGUUACGUGCAUGUAGUACGUCCUGUAAAAAGAGAAAAAGAAAUCACACACCUCUCAUUAAUAAAAAAAAAACUAUUGUGAA